CACAAGCAGCCCGUGUGUCACAGACCUUGUGCCCAACGAUGUCACAAUGGAAGUCCCCAAACAGGUCCUCUCUGAACAGCAGAACCGCUCGGGGGAACAGCUCAACAUCGGCGCCUCCUGGUUCAUCCAUGACGUCCUGUUCCCGGUGGAUGACCUCAAUGUGACCCUGCUGAGUCCUCGUGUGGUGAGUCUGAACCUGGGACAGGAAGUCAGUGGUCUGCAGGAGCCAAUCAACAUCACCUUCAUUAUGGAUCAGCCAAUCAACAACAGCAUCUACCUGGAGAGCAUCGCCAAGAAUGUGUCCAUCAAGCCGCAGUGUGUCUUCUGGGAUGUUCAGUCCAGCACUAGUGCCGUGUGGAACAGUUCGGGGUGUGAGACGCUGGUUGAGGGGGAGAGGGUCAUCUGCUCAUGUGAUCACCUGUCUGUCUUUGCUGUGCUGUUGACCCCGGUGGGUGUGACGGAUCCCCUGUCUGCAGUUGAGCUCUUCACUCUAACAGUGUUGUCUCGUGUUGGCUGUAGCAUCUCGCUGGCCUUUCUACUUCUAACCCUCAUCACACACGCUGUGUAUCAGAAGGGUCCGUCGGAGAACUCUCUGUGGAUCCACCUGCAGGUGUGUGUGUCAUUGCUGCUUCUCAACUUGAGUUUCCUGCUUAACGACUUCCUGUCUGGCCAGCCAAUUGUGGCCCUGUGUGUCGCCAUGGCAGCGCUGACGCACUACUGUCUUCUGAGCAUGCUCACCUGGCUGGCCAUCGAGGGCCUGCACCUGUACCUGCUCUUCAUACGCGUCUUCAACAUCCACAUCCGCCGAUACCUGCUCAAGCUCGCCCUGCUCGGAUGGGGGUUGCCUGUCAUCCCUGUGGCCAUUGGUGUGGGACUGGAGAAGUACGGUGUGCUUGAGCUGCCAGACACAGAAGACGGAGGAACGCAACUGUGUUGGGUGAAGCCUUCAGAUCUGGUGCUGAGCAUUCUGACGUAUGUCUACUUCCUGCUCGUGAUGCUCUUCAACAUCACCAUGUUCAGCGUCGUGCUAAACAAGGUACUGAAGGCGCGUCCCAAGAGCCCGCUCCCCCAGGACAGGGGCCUGAAUCGGGGCAUGGUGUUGAGCCUGCUGGCCCUCUCCUGGAUCCUGGGCCUCUCUUGGGCCGUCAUGGCUCUCAGUGCAGUGCCCACCAUACAGAAGAUCACACUCUACAUAUUCUGCACCUGCAACGGCAUGCAUGGCUUUUUCCUGUUCCUGAGGUACGCCACUCUGCUGAGAAAAGAGAAAGAGAACAGCAGCAGCCACACAACCUCCACCAACCCCCACACCAGCAACAAGACCUAACACACACGCACAUGCACGCACACACGCAUCUGAUGUAUUUCUGCUUGUUUUGACCUUUAAAUAAACAAAU